UAGAAAGAAUUGACUAUGAUAUCUUUUACUUUCAUUUUGUUUUGGGCAGUUAAUUUCGGUUUGCCAGAAGCUCUAAAAGAUGACCUAUCGUUCGACAAAGAAACAUUGACAGUGUUUUAUUUUUUACUAUUCACGAAAAAUUCAAGUAGCCGGGAUUAGCUGCACAACAUAAAGCGACUAACUGCUAUAACAGCUUUCAAAUUUUUAACUUUUACAUGAUUUUGCAAGACUAAGAUAUAUAUGUACUUAGCCAUACUUGAAAAAUACCAGAGAAGAAAACAUGUGGAUCAUUUUGACAAUUUCAGUAACUUUCUUACAAUUGGCAGAAGGUUUCCCUAUCAAUAACAGGCCAAUAAUAGGAGUGUUGGCACAGGAAUCAUUUAAGGGGGCCCCAGCAGCCACCUACAUCCCUGCCCCCUACAUUAAAUGGCUGGAGUCUGCAGGCGCCAGGGUGGUCCCUGUCCUGUUAUUCAGGGAGAACAAUAUGAAAGCUUAUUGCUACUACAAGAAGUUAUUCAAUUCCAUGAAUGGAAUUUUAUUCCCUGGAGGGGGAGUUGAUCUCAUGAAUUCACAGUUUGCAAAGACAGCCAUGAUUUUCUACAAACUGGCCAUUCAGGCCAAGGAUAAAGAUGGUGACCUCUUCCCUAUGUGGGGAACCUGUCAAGGCUUUGAGUUGAUGUCUGUUCUGGUCGCCAAGCAGAAUUUGUUAACAGCUGUGGAUGCUGAAGACCUCCCUCUACCACUGAAUUUUACCACUGAGGCUACAGAUAGUGUCCUGUUUGGUAAGUUGCCGAGGGAUGUUUAUCUGCCUCUGAAAACUGAGAAUGUGACAGCCAACUACCAUAGCUGGGCCCUUACCCCCAAAAAUUUUUCUGAGAACAAAGAUCUUCGGAGUUUCUUUAAGGUUUUAUCUACAAAUACGGACAGAAAUGGCAAGGAAUUCAUAUCAUCCAUGGAAGCAUAUAAAUAUCCUGUAUACGCUGUACAGUGGCAUCCAGAGAAAAACAACUUUGUAUGGAAGUCAAAAGCUCACAUCAACCAUGAUGCCCAUGCUGUCAGAGUAUCUCAGUAUUUUGCAGAUUUUUUUGUAGCUCAAGCUCGAAAAAGUCCCCACCGAUUUCCUGAUUUCAAAGCAGAGAACAAAGUUGUGGUCAACAAUUUUCAUCCUAUGUUUGACAGAAAGAAUUCGCUUGAAAAUUACUACUUUGGCUUCCUUAAUGAAACAACAGUUACAUGCAUUUAGUCCAGAAAGCAAGUUGGAGUAAACAAUUUGACUCUGUCUAAAUAAAACAUAUUUAUAUAAAUAUUAUAAUUAUAUAUUAAAAGAAAAUUCUGUAUUCAGGGAUUUUUUUUUUGCCUACAUAGCUAAUGUUCAAUAAUUUGUAUGUUGUUAUUAUACUUUCAUCUUUCUUUAUUUUAGUACAGACUAGUGUAUACAUUCCAA